CCUAUAAAAUGCUAAAUAAAUAAAUAAAUAUAAAUAUCGAAUCCCCAAUCGCAUAUCGCCGCCAUAAAGUACACCAAGAAAAAUCUCCAUUAAACUGAGUCAAAAACAAAAUAAACAAGUAAACUGUUGUCUGAACGCUGAAAACUAAUCCCCCUGCUCCCUGCACUCCGACAUGCUGAAUAGCCGGAGCCCCCCUCAGUACAAGCAGCAGGCAAGGGGGGGCUCCGUUAGCUCCGCCAGCUCCACCAGUUCCGUAAGCGCCUCGGGCUCUUCGGCUGCUCUUCCCCUGCUGGGCCAUUAUCAGACCACCUACGGCCAUCAAGGACACUCGCACGCCUGCUACCAUCACCAGCAGCAACAAGCCCAGCAGCAGCAGCAGCAACAGCAUCAUCACGGUGGCCGCACCUCACUGACACCCACCAUGAAGCGGGGCAAGAAGCAGUGGGGCACCAGGGAGCGAUCCGGCAUGAGUUUCCUCAUCGUCAUUACCUUCUUUGCCGUCUUCGGGCUGAUCAUCUUGACCGAGGUCUUCAUGAUCGACGAGCGCACGCACAGCGGCAUGCUGGCCAUGCGGGCCGGUGGCGGCGGAGGCAUCAGCCUGGGCGGACGGAUGGGCGACUCGAUGCCGGAUUAUGAUAAUGUUAAGGAAGACUACGAUCUACUGGAUGACAGCAUUCUGAGUGAUAAUAAAUUAGGUUUUGUACAGCUUCGUGACAAUAAACUGAAAAUUCAAGAAGCCGCAGGCGCCGAUGGUCAACGCUUGGCCGGCAUGCUGCUCAAUGGAGCCAGGGCCGGAGCUGCGGUCGGACAUGGACCGGGACCUGGACCAGGACCUGGCGCCGGCACUGGUGUGGGUGCGGGUGCGGGUGGAUUUGGUGUGAAUGUCCCGCUCAUACCCUGGGGCCAGAUGCUGCCCGGCAAGGUGGAGGAGACGCUGCCCCACUUUCCAUUUGGCACGGCGCCCAGCGAUGGUGCCUGGCAAAUAGUCAACGGCACACGCUUCAAGUUCUUUGUCUACUCCGCCUACUUUGAUCGGCGCGAGGGGGCGCGUCUGGUGCGGAUUGUGGGGGCCACCAAGACACGGGGACCAGAACGUGUCUGGUGCCGGUUCUGGUUCGGUCCGCCCCCAGCCAACGGUACCGAGGGGCCGGGGGCAGCCGCAGCAGCCCGUGCCAAAUAUACCUCGGCCACAGUGAUGGCCCGCGUCAAGAUCAUACGUGAGAACUGGAACCUCAAGUACAGUGCCUGUUUUAUCCUCUGCCCGGUGCGAGCCCCGCCCCUGGAUGUGCCGCGGUAUGUGAGCGUCGUGUCGCGGCUUCGGGCGCCGCCUGGCAAUCUGCUGACGCUGCGCAACACCGAUCAGGAUGAGGACUUUUCAGCGCAUCCGCGCAACGCCAGCUCUGGCACUGGAGAGGGCAAGCGGGGUCAAGGGGUGCCGCCUCGGGCACCGCCCAGCGGCGAUAAUAUACCCGACCGCAUCGCCGUCUGCGUGAAGCCGUUCCACUUCAACUACGACAAGGCGCUGUAUCUGAUGGAGUACCUGGAGUUCUACGCCCUGCUGGGGGUCUCGCACUUCACCUUCUACAACCACACGCUGGGGCCGCACGCCUCCUGCGUGCUGCAGAGCUAUCAGCAGGGCCUGGUGCCCGGCAACCUGACCGCCUUCGAUCUGGAGCAACUGCAGCCGUCGGACGUGGCGAACAAUGCGACGCCCAAGGUGCUCAAGUCGCUGCACUACCAACGGCCCACGGUCAGCAUUCUGCCGUGGAGCCUGCGCAUGCGCAGCCAGAAGGAGAUCCGCACCGAGGGCCUGUUCGCGGCCCUCAACGACUGCCUGUACCGCACGAUGUACCGAUACAAGUACUUGGCCCUCGUCGAUCUGGACGAGUUCAUUGUGCCGCGCUACUCGGACACGCUCAACGAGCUCAUUGGCUCCCUGAAUCAGCGCUUUCGCAAUCGCAACACUGGGGCCUAUUCCUUCCAAAACGCCUUCUAUUACCUGCAGUUCGCGGACGAUGCGCUGGCCAGUUCCGGCAUCGUGGGAGGCAGCAAUCAGCUGGCCAAUGUCCGGGCCUCCCUGGUGACCCAACGCAAGACGCGCAGGCGGUACAAGCUGCAUCCACAAAAGCAAAGAUCCAAGUACAUCUGCAAGCCAGAGGCCGUGGUCGAGGCAGGCAAUCAUUUCGUCUGGGAGUUCGGACCCGGCAAGGUAUCCCUCAAUGUCCCGCCCAAGGAGGCCAUUCUGCAGCACUAUCGCGUGUGCGAAUUCGGUGGCAAUGACUGCAUUAAGGCCCCAUCCGUAGUGGAUCGUACGACUUUCAAGUACGUGAACCGCCUGUCGCAGCGUGUGGAUACCGUGUACCGCCAUCUGCGCCAGCGCUGCGAUCUGCCGGCCCUGCCAACGCUGCCCAAGCCCAGGCCCAAGGAGGCCGACGAUGUCCAGCCGGAGAAGCCAGGGGUACUGCAUCAGAUACGGCAGCUGAAUGCCCAGGACACGGCCAAGGCGCCAGUGAGUGCCACAACAGCAAAAGCAACAACAACGACUACAACGACAAGAAAAACGACGACGACGACGACAACAACAACCACAACAACGAAGAGAACGGAAGUGAGGAAAGAGAAUUUGGGAGAAGCAGGGACCACGGCAUCCCCCAAGCAGCCCCAUCCCCAUCCCCAGUCCCCGCCAGUGCGCAAGAAACGAAAGCUGAUCGUCUUCGAGGUGAACGAUUUCGGGGUGCCGGUGGCCCGCGUGGAGUACCAAUGAGUGAGGGACUUGGCUGGCAACAUUUAACCACAGUCCGUGCCAAUGUCCGUUUCGGUUGUGCCCCAGUGCUACGCUACGGUUGUUCGACUACAUUUAACCAUUGCCAACAUGCUCAAUGAUCCUCUAAGCUGAUGAUGACUUGCUCACACACCCCAAAAAUAAGGAUAACGAGGAGGAGAAAAACUCCUCAGAAUUAAGUGAAACCAAAGCAAUAAAAUGAUACAUACAUACAUAUAUCUCCCAUCCAACACUUUGAUCUAAGCUGCAUUUUACAUAGGCUUGAUAGAGACUUCAUUCCUCGAUUAAUUAGGAUUAAAUAGUAAGCAUAGAAGAAUACUCGUAUAAUUUCAUUCGGUUGUAUCUAAACUUUAUCCACUAUAUUUAUGUAUAUUUUGAAAUACACCCAUGUUUCAUUACUCCCGGGCACAACAACAACAACAACAACAACUUAUGAAACAAACAACAAUGAGACUUUAUGUUUGGUCGAAUACGAGUACUUUGAUGAGAUAUUUUCGGUGAUUUUGGUACUAAUUAAUUCCUAUGCAAAAUUCAGAAAAUUCCUAAAGAAAAACACACACACAAAAGAUCGUGCUAAACGAGUAGUAACUAGUGCACAAAAAUAUAUACAUACAUAUAGGAAAUAAACACCCUAUGAACUGUUAGUUGUACGAGUACGAAGGCAUUUUAGUUGCAAGACUCCGGGAUAUUAUGGCCCGGAGCCAAGCCGCAUAGACUCUGAGUCAAUGGAUAGUUUAGGCCACCUUUGCUAAGCUAACUAGUCUAGUGCUAACCGUAAACAAAUUAGUUUAGUUAAGGCAGACAAGACAUUUAACACAACUGAAACGAAUUUUCAAUGCUUCGAACUUAAAGUAGAACCUGGUUUGGCCUAGGCGCGCAGUGACAUCUAAGAGUAUAAGAUACUAAAUGAACGAAUUCCACAACUAAUUAUAAACAAUACAGUGUAUGUAGUUCUUAAGCAACAAACAACUAAAAACUAAAUACUAAUGGGCAUUCGUGUAUUCGAUUAUCAUAAAGUCAAUAAACAGAAAUCAAAA